AUUGGCUGCUCUUUCUCAACCAGCUCACUUGGGGGAAAGAUAAUUAAGAUGGAGAACCAAAUAACUAAUGUGAAUGAGUAUGAGGCAAUUGCAAAGAAAAAAUUGCCAAAGAUGGUUUAUGACUUCUAUGCUUCUGGUGCAGAGGACCAGUGGACUCUGAAGGAGAACCGAGACGCAUUCUCAAGGAUUCUGUUCCAACCGCGCAUUCUUAUAGAUGUAAGCAAGGUAGAUAUGACAACAAGAAUUUUAGGCUUCAAGAUUUCAAUGCCAAUCAUGAUUGCUCCCACAGGCAUGCAAAAGUUGGCACAUCCUCAGGGAGAAUGUGCAAUAGCUAGAGCAGCAUCAGCUGCUAACACUAUUAUGACACUAUCAACAAUGUCUAAUUAUAGUUUUGAGGAGGUUGCUUCAACAGGACCCGGCAUUCGUUUCUUCCAACUCUAUAUGUUUAAGGACAGGAAUUUGGUUACACAACUUGUGAGAAGAGCUGAAAGGGCAGGUUUCAAGGCAGUUGUGCUCACUGCGGAUCGUCCGUUUAUUGGUCGUAGGGAGGAUGACAUCAAAAACGGAUUCAGAUUGCCACCAAACGUGACACUAAAGAAUUUUGAGGGAUUGGAUUUUGGGGAGAAAAAUAAGGCUGGUAGCUCAGUUUCUCAAACUCGUCGCCAUAUUGAUCCAUCUCUUAAUUGGAAGGAUGUGAAGUGGCUUCAAACGAUUACUUCAUUGCCGAUUGUAGUGAAGGGUGUACUAACUGCUGAAGAUGCAAGGAUAGCCGUACAAGCUGGAGUUGCUGGAAUAAUUGUUUCUAAUCAUGGUGCUCGCCAACUUGACUAUGUUCCUGCACCAAUCAUGGUUUUGGAAGAGAUAGUGAAAGCUGUAGAAGGAAGAAUUGGUGUAUUUGUGGAUGGUGGAAUCCGCAGAGGGACAGAUAUUUACAAAGCAUUGGCUCUUGGAGCAUCUUCUGUAUUUAUAGGAAGAGCAGUGGUGUUCUCAUUAGCUGCAGAGGGUGAAGGUGGUGUGAGGAAAGUACUGAAGAUGCUUAGAGAUGAGCUUCAACUAACAAUGGCACUAUGUGGCUCUCCUUCACUCAAACAUAUAAGUCGUCACCACAUUUUCACUCGAUUUCCUUCCAACUUAUAAAUUUCAUUUUUGUAUAUCUUAAGCUACCAACUUCAAACCUUGAACUUGUAAUGGACGAGAGUGCACACAUGUUGCUGUUAUUUCUCAUUCUUUUUAAGAUGUGUAGUGAGUGAAAUUGUAGGAGAAUGUGCAACAGCUAGAGCUGCUACAAUUAUGGUUUCUUCACUAGUCACUGUCAGCAGAGUAAUUUUGAUAACUGCCAUGGCAAUAAUGAUGCUUCCUUCUUCUGUUUUUCUAUCUAAUAUAAUAAUGCAGCAAGGAUAGCUGUAGAAAAUGGAGUUGCUGGAAUCAUUGUCUCCAAUCAUGGAGGAUAAAAUUGAAUCACAUUAUUGAAAUUUUGUUGUUAACUAUAAGUAGUAGGUUAUGGAAACCAACGAGUAGUUAUGCUCAUUUUGGUUGAAUCCCCCUUGUCUAUGAAUUGAUAGUGAGAGGUGCGGAAAGGAGAAGCUGGUGUAGAGAACAGAGAUGCUAAGCUUUUGUUUGGACUUUGGAUAUAGGGAAAAAAAAGAGAAAAAAAAAAAAAGUGAAGUUAGUCUAUGUCUUGUUUGAA